GCCUGUUCGAAUCACCAAUUGCUUAGUAAAGUGAGAGAUGCGUGCGCGACACAUUCUGUACCAUUUAUUCGAAAGAACAAUUGCAUGUUGUGUACUGUGCUUCGGGUAUGUCCAUUAAGGUUAGCCCGGAAUCAGAAUUCAGUGUUUUUUACGACUCUUCAGUGCUGAUAUUAGGAUUUAAACCUUAACUCAUUUUUUGGAUUGGAUUGAAAACUUGCUUAUGUGUAUCAUAAAGGAAUUUCACUGUUCUUGAAGCAAAAGAUGAAGCUGUGAAUGAAAACAGGAAUAACAAUUUCAGGCUACCGCUCGGGCUACCGAAAAACUGUUCGCGGUAGUGAUUUGAAGAUAUUCCAGCCAGUGUAUUGUGCGACAACAUUAUAUUCCUUUAUAAUAUUUUGAAACUGAAAUAUCAGAUACAAGUGAUAGGACUCUCAUCAUUUCUACUCAUUCUAUCGAUUAAAAUAUUUCGGAGUAGUUGAAACUUUUUAAAUUUUCAACAAUGAGCUGAUACAGAAUUACUUACGCCGAAAAAUGUUCGAUAACUUAAUAACACGGAUAACGAGUCCUUCAUCUAGAAGAAGGUACACUUAUCACUGCCCAGACGUUCAUUCUGAUCCUGAAGAUAAUAACACGGCUAUAACCCCAAGGAAACCAAGGUUAUUGGAAAGGAAGAAGAGGAGCAAGAAGGGGGUGUUAGAAAGUGGUUUGAGACAAGCAAGGAGUCUAGGGCGAAUAGAUGGAAUAAAGGAGGCAGAGAGAUUAGCAGAAUAUGGAAGAAUUCUCGGCGGUUCCCAAACAGCCUUGGAUGGAAAAAGAACAGAUCUACAACGGAUAGAAGACCUUUUUCCUCACGAUAAUCUGGGAUUACACGAUCCCGAACCCACUUCAAUACAUCAUGUGAAAAGCCGAGUAAUGCGGAAGAAAUCCCUAGGUGACCUGACGAAUUUCGACAACACCAAUAUUUACUGCUCCAGGAUAUUCAUAAUGGAAGCACCAUGUGCAAUGGCACCUUCGAAUCUUCCGAUGAAUGCGAAACCAAGGCAUCUUUUUCUCUUCAACGACGUUCUGUUAGUGGCCAAACCGAGAUCUCCUGGAACUUUUAAGCUCAAAGAGCGGGUGAGGGUGUCGGAGAUAUGGUUGCACAGACAUUCAGAAUCGGAAACUGGGUUCCUUUUAGGUUGGCCCUCACCAGCAAGGACUUAUCUCGUUUCCUUCUGCACUCAAGCUGCUAGAGAUACUUGGUGGAGGGAACUGAACCAGGCUCUUUCGACUCAGCUCCGCUUGGAGCCUCCAACGACGAACAUCAAAGUUGUAUUUAGGGAUCCUCAGAGCGGCACGGAAUGUUCCAAAACUGUCGGAGUUCUGCCCGAGACAAGUUCUGGAGAGGUAGCCAGACUUACCCUAGACGAAAGAGGAAAUUCCGAAUGUUCUUUCACUCUUUAUGCAAAAGAUAAAGAUAACGCUCCUUGUGCUCUGAUGGGUUACGAAAGACCCCAUUCCAUCCAGUUAGCGAGGAUAAGGCAAUCGAUGUGUGCAGAAGAAGGCUUUGAUUUAACCCACUGCAACAACAACAGGAUACCUAGCGAUAUAGUAUUCGAGCUGAAGCCGAAUAUCAAAGCUCCACCAAGAAAAUCUCAUCUGAAGUUGUUCAGGACGAAGAGUGGUCCGAGAAUAUUCGGCGUUCCUUUGUCGAGGUUAUGCACCAACAACUGUCUACCUCCUGCCAUUACAGCAAUUUUGAAAACUUUAUUCAUCAAAGGUCCACAUGUUCAAGGAAUAUUCAGGAGGUGUGCUUCUGCAAGAGCUCUCAAAGAACUGAGGGAGAGGGUUGACUCUCAAGCACCCGGAAUAAUAGAGGAACUUACGAACAGCACUCAUGCACUUCUCUUAGCGGCACUCCUUAAAGAAUUCUUGAGGUGCCUUCCAGAGCCUCUUUUGGCUGGAAACACGCAAGAAUGGCUUUAUGUGGGAUCAAAUGGACGCAUUGACAAAUUGAGGAAAUUAUUGACACUUCUUCCUACUGAAAACUACUUGUUGCUAUCCAAUGUGGUGUGUGUUCUCCACAACAUAUCCAAGAAGGCCAAAUAUAACCUUAUGUCCCCAGCUAAUCUAGCUGUGUGCUUAGGGCCUAGUCUACUCUGGGAGACCACCCCGAACUCUCCUCUAAGAACACUCCCUACACUUGUAGAAACAAUAAUAACACAAUGUCAUGUAUUAUUUGGAACACAAAUCGUUUCUAUAUUUGGCGAGGUACAAAAUGAUAGUGGAGCCGAAGAGUCUGACAGUUUACAUUCACUUGGUCUGUCUUUAGACAGCGCCGAAUUGAGUAGAGACCAAAAGUCACUCAGUAGGGAUUCUGGGCUCACACUUUCUGAAGAUGACAGGGAUAGUCCAGGUCUCAACUUAAGGUCCUAUCCUUUUCAACGUCAAGAUUGGUCGAGGCAAGCUGCCAGGAUGAGAUCUCUAGAAAAUACUUGGGUUGAGGACGAAGCUUUUUGUACAUCUAAUGAGAGUCUUUGCAGCCCACCAAUUCCUCCGCGACGAUAUUUACCCUUGAGGCACUUAACCCCACACGUACAUUUACCUCCUCUUUAUAGAUCUCCUCCACCGCCUCCUCCCACCUACGCUACAGCUAGACUUAUGCUAGUUACCGAUUCAGAGAGUGAAAGUUAUGUUUGAAGUGCAAAUAGUAUUAUUCCAGUGGAAAACAAAUUAAAUUUAAAUUGAAGGAAAAAAGACAGACGAAACUGCCAUUUAUAAAAAUAAAACAGAUAAUUUCUGUUGCUCAAGAAAUAUUUCGUUCUAUAUUAAGGAACUGAAUAGGUCAGUAAUUGAAAAAAGAACUGAUAUGAAUAAGUAUCUGCACAAAUAAUCCACUGCAUUGGUGUAAAAAUGAAUUUUCAGUGGUAUUUUAUAUUCCAAUUUUAUGGAUAAUGUAAAUUUUUGUACAUAUCAUUAUUUUAAAUGUACAGUGUGGUGUUUUUAACAGAAAAAACUGGUCGAAAUAAAUCGUUUCACCAAACAUCAACUAUUCCUAUACAAAACUUUCAAAAUGCCAAAGAUGGAAAAAUCUUUGACACCAAAAAAUAUUUACAUAAUGGAGAAUAUACUGAAUCAUUGUAAUGUAACCAAUGAGGGUCCAUUCACAGCCGACACAAACAGAUGGCGAUUCGCAGCACUCCAUUCACCUGACUUUUUCUACAACCGACCAGUCCUGUACUGAAAUCAAAUAUGUAUAUUUUUUAAAUUUAAUGAAAUCAUUGUAUACUUCAGGGAUUUGACAGGGCGAUAACUAGGACAUCUGGAAUAUUUGAUAUAGAUGACUUUUAGUGAAAUGAUCUAUUUUUAAGAGUCCUACUUUCUGUAAAAAAAAAAGACUCCACAUUUGAAAACACCUGUAUAUUAAGAAUUCAUGCCAUAUAUAAAUAUGUAUAGUUUUAACAGAUAGGUAUUUGCCAUGAAAUAUUAGAGUUUAUUUGAUACAAAUUUUAUAUUAUUCGAGUGUACUUACUCCAUAUUUUAUCGACAAUCUAUUGAAUAAAAUAUUUUAUAAGAUUCUAAA